UAGCAGUCGGGUUCGGAGAACCGCGGUUGUAUUGCUUCCGAGGCCAAUCAGUCAGUCUUGCAGAAUGAAGUACACGGCAUGGAUGGUUGUCGCGCUUCUUCAGGAAAUAAUUUUCCUUGGAUUAAUUCCUCACAAUGAAUCACAAAGGACACACGCACGUCAGGGAAUUGUUCGCGAGCCACCAACAGUUAGGAUACCUGGACAGGGUGUCCUCGUCGGAAAGGAGGUCUUGAGCAGAACAACAAGGGUAAUUGUUUACCUUGGCGUCCCUUACGCUCAGCCACCAACUGGACCUUUGAGGUUUUCUGCUCCAGUUACAGAUCCACUUCCUUCAUGGCAUGGCAUUAGAAAUGCCUCUCAAUUUGCACCAUCUUGUCAACAAAUAACAUCGAGAAGAAAGUUGUAUGAAAAAUUAUAUAUGCGAUUAUUGCCACAGGAUCUUCCAGAUCCUGGUCUCAGCGAAGAUUGCCUCUAUUUGAAUAUUUUUAUACCUGACGGAACACGACCUCCCGAUGGUUGGCCAGUAAUUGUGUGGUUUCACAGUGGAGAUUUUAAUACGGGCACACCAGCAAUUUGGGAUGCAUCAGUUUUCGUCACCAAGCAAAAGGUCAUAGUCGUGACUGUUGCCUAUCGUCUCAACAUUUUUGGCUUCUUCACGACAAUGGAUGGAGAAGCGCCAGGAAAUUAUGGAAUGCGAGAUCAAAUAGCGGCUCUCGAUUGGGUGAAAAACAAAAUAGAACUCUUUGAUGGUUCCUCAUCAAAUAUUGUGAUCAUUGGCCAUAGUGCUGGAGGAAUUAGCGUUGGCCUACACAUUUUAAGUCCCUUAAGUCGUGGUAAAUUUACAAAAGCUAUUAUUCUCAGUGGCGAUGCAAUUGGCUCUGUACGGACUCCCGAUCAAGAAGCAUCGAUAGUUGAUUUUAUAACCGAAAAAUUUGGCUGCAAUCGUUAUCCAACAACCGAUCUUAUGAUAUGUCUUCGUCGAGCAAGUGAAAAAGAAUUAUUAAAACACCUCUCCGAUAUUGAGACAUGGGGUCCAAUUCUCGAUAGGGAUACAAAUAAUUCAUCUGAUCCAUUUUUACCCAUGGAUCCAAAAGAUUUACUAAACAGCGGUGGCUUCACUGCUGUGCCUCUUAUCACUGGAUUCACAAAUAAUGAACAAGCAUUAAGUUACAUUGAAUCAAUUGGCAGUGAAAAUGUCGAUGGUCGUUUGAGUUUAAAUAAAUUUGAAGAAAUGAUUAGAUAUGAUACUGAAUCAGAAAUUGGAUUACCCGAUGAGAAUGAUACCUGUCAAUCAAAACCGGAAAUUGUCUCAGAAGCAGUUUUAUUUUAUUACAAACCACAUCCACCAACUAAGGAUCAAACAAUUUUACGUGAUCGUUUUCUUGAUUUACAAACAGAAAAAAAAUAUGCCGCCGGUUUAACAUUCUUGGCGGGUAAAAUAGCUAAACAAGAAGAGGCCUAUGUUUAUCGAUUUGAUUAUCGACCAAAAACAGAAGUGGUAUCGCGCGAUGUUCCUAAAUGGGCCGGUGUACCUCAUAUGUUUGAAUUACCAUUUGUCUGGGGUCUUCCCUAUUCGAUUAACACUAAUAUUCAAUGGAAUCCAGCUGAUAAAAAAAUGUCCGAAAGUAUGAUGGCAAUGUUGGCAAAUUUUGCACGCUCUGGUAAUCCAUCAUUACCAACUGUCAAAUGGGAUCCCUAUACCGAGAGAAAUCCAGGACUUUUAAUAAUCAAGGAUAUUAAAUCAGAGAUGAGCGAUUGGAAGGUCAUUGAUUAUAAAGCAUUGGCUUUUUGGAAUGAUUAUUAUCCAACAGUUGUUUAUGAAGCGACACAUAUUUGUUGCAAUAUGACAAGUGGAUCAUCGAGUCAGAAAUUUUCCAUUUUUUCUGGAUUCACUCUUUUCAUUGUCUUACAAUAUUUUUAAAAAAACAAUUUCCAAAUUCUAUGCAAAAUUUUAGAUUUUUGUCAUCUAAAAAAAAAAAAAAAGAAAAUUAGCUAAAUUUCGAGAUUUUUACCUUCCAAUUUCUAAGAAAAAUUUAAUUUAAAUUUAAUAAAAUUGCAAUUGCCAUAAUUAAAGAAAAAGCAGACAAAAUUAAAUACAAAUCUCAGCACUUUCAUAGAAAAAAUAUCAACAUUUUCAAAAAAGCUUUCACAUUCGAUAUUUUUUGUCAAUUUUAUGACGUCGAAUGUUUAUAUUUUCAACAAAUUUCAAUCUUUUUUAAUCUUACAUAUAAGAAAUGAAAAAUUACAAUAUUAUUGUCCAUCUCCCAAAAUGGGAAAGAAGAAGAAAGUCACUUUCGUUAAGUGGCUUUGUAAUAACAAAAACCCUUGGAAUCAGUGAAUAGUCUAGUCUUUUUAAAAAAAAAAUUGUAAAUGGAGAAAAAAUACGUUUAUAACAAAGAAAAGGUUAAAAAAAAAGAAAAAAAAACAAAAAAAAGAGAUAAUGUAAAUAAGUAUAGUAAAAUGUGUGUGAAAAAUAGAAACAAGAAUAGGUAGUAAAAAUGUGUGAAAUGAAAAUCAAGAAUAGUUAGUAAAUGUGUGUGUGUGUGUGUGUGCAAUAGAAUCAAGAAUACGAAUGAAUCUUUUUAACAGUGACUAUAUAAUUAUAGUAUAUAUAAUAUUUCAAAACGAUUUUCUAUGAAAAUGUUUUCUUUAUUAAGAAAAAAAAUCUCCGACAAACUUAACCAAGUCUAAAAUUGCAAUAUAAUAACUUGUUUAAGUUUGUAGAACAAAAAAAAAAAGAAUUGUCCGUAAAUAUAAAAUAUAGCGUGUGUGAUAUGACUAUAAUAAAGUGAUGCUGAAUUAAAACAAAAAUAUUUUUAGGUGAAUAAACAGAAACACUUUUAAAUAGUCAAUUAUUCACGAAUUUUUGCAGUGAAAUGAUGCAUUUUAUUAGAAAGAGUGUGGUGCUCGCGCGCAUUAAACAAGUGAAAAGAUCAAUUUUCUCUUGCACAAUAAAAAAAAAAAACGAAUUCUCAUCGAAUAUCGACGAAGAAUCUUCUACAGGUUAAAUAUAUAUAUAUUUAUAUUAUAUAUAUAGUGUCCAGCUUGUUGUGUCACGCAGUACAAAUUAAAAUUCGUAGAAAGAAUUGUUCUUUUCUGUUCAAAAAUUUUUUUUUCAUUUUUUUUUUUUUUUGCCUAAAAACAUUUAUUAUAUUUCAAAAAACGUAUAAUAUAUGGUAUUUAAAAAACAUACAUCAUGAAAAGUACUUUCCUGAAUAUGCCACUAUUUUAAUAAGUUCGUAAAUUCAGAUCUAAACAUCGACGAAAAUUGAUUUUCGGGAGAUCUUGUUUAAUUUUAUUUAUUUUCAUUAUUUUUAAGGGAAGAGAGAUCAACCGCAUUCGUAACAUUUAAUAAAAAAAAAUUUUUUUUUUUUAUUAUUAUUUUGUUUUAAUAUUGGAGAGAUAUAGAAAAAACAUUUUUUUUUGUUUUGUUUGAGAAACAAACGGUUGAUAACUUAUGAAUAUUUUUGACGCAUCGAUAAUAAUAAUAAUAAUAAUAACGAUUAA